GCCAAACCGCACAUGCGCAUAACAGAAUAGUGGAACCUCGUGGUCUCGGUGCUGUGCAGUUAGUGUUGUUGAAAAAUGUUGGUGUUGUUUGAAACAGCGGCUGGAUAUGCCGUGUUUAAGUUGCUUGAUGAAAAGAAAUUAAAGAAAACAGAAAAUUUAUACCUAGAUUUUGAAUCUCCAGAGAAAGCCAAUCGACUAUUAAAAAUGAAACAUUUCCGGAAGUUUCAAGACACAACAGAAGCUCUUGCAGCUGCCACUGCUUCUGUUGAGGGGAAAAUGAACAAGACUUUAAAGAAACUAAUGAAGAAAGUUGUUGCAUCAGAUGCACAAGAAGAAUUGGCAGUGGCUGAUGCCAAAUUAGGGAAUGUUAUUAAGGAAAAGUUCAACGUAAGCUGUGUCUCGAAUUCUGCUGUCCACGAGUUGAUGAGGGGAAUCCGUUCCCAGAUGGACAAUCUUAUAACAGGAUUACCUCAGAAGGAAAUGGCUGCCAUGGCCCUGGGAUUAGCCCACAGUCUCUCCCGCUACAAGCUGAAGUUCAGUCCAGAUAAAGUCGAUACCAUGAUUGUUCAAGCUAUUUCACUGCUGGAUGAUCUUGACAAGGAAUUGAACAAUUACAUCAUGAGGGCUAGGGAGUGGUACGGCUGGCAUUUUCCGGAACUCACCAAGUUAAUCGGGGAUAACCUGGCAUAUUCUAAGACUGUCAAGAAAAUGGGAUAUAGAACAAAUGCAGUUAAUACUGAUCUCUCGGAUAUUUUGCCGGAAGAUAUCGAACAGGAAGUUAAACAGGCAGCAGAAAUCUCCAUGGGAACAGAAAUCUCGGAGGAAGACAUUCUGAACAUCACUUAUCUCUGUGAUCAGGUUAUUGAAAUCACCGAAUAUCGACAACAGCUGUACGAGUAUGUGAAAAACAGGAUGAUGGCCGUAGCUCCCAAUUUAACCAUUCUAGUUGGUGAACUAGUAGGGGCUAGACUAAUAUCUCAUGCAGGCUCACUGCUGAAUUUGGCUAAGCACCCCUCAUCCACAGUUCAGAUUCUUGGAGCUGAAAAGGCUUUGUUCCGAGCCCUGAAAACCAAACAUGACACGCCCAAAUAUGGUCUCAUUUACCAUGCCUCCCUAGUGGGUCAGGCCAACCAGAAACUGAAAGGAAAGAUGUCUAGAAUGCUAGCGGCCAAAGCUGCCUUGGCAAUUCGUGUGGAUGCCUUAGGUGAAGACACAAAUGUGGAACUUGGAAUGGAACACAGAGCCAUGCUGGAGAGACGGAUGAGGGCACUAGAGGAGGGAAAGGCAAGGAAAAGCACAGGAAGUGGGAAGACUCCUGCAAAAUGGGAAAAAUACCAAAACAAGAGUGAGGUGAAGACGUACGACGCAUCUUUUGACUCCACAUUGCCAAGUGCCUCCAAGAAGAGGAAAUUUGAAGAGAAUGGAGACACUGAAGAAGAUGUGAAGCCUAAAAUUCCAAAAGUGGAGGCAGAUGUUGAUGCUCCUAAUUCUGAGAAGAAGAAGAAAAAGAAGGAAAAGAGGAAAAGCGAAGAACCAGUAGAGCAAAGUAUGGGGUUAUUCCGACACAUAAUAAUUAAAUAUUGUCCAAGGGUCAAUGACAGGUCAGCGGGAUGUGGCUUGUUUCCUAUUUGACUUGCUUUAAAAAAAAACAAGUAUAUUACUGGUGUUCCAAUCAUCGAUUAUAAUUGAUAAUCAAUCAAUUGUUGGCAAAUUCUAAGUACUUGAUUAUGAAAAUUUUAUUAAGUAAUGAUUUUAAUUCCAGGGCAAGUUAUACGAAUAUAACCUGGUUGGUUUGGGUCAGUUUACGCUUUAUAAUACGCAAAACUCUCAUGGAUUCCCAUCACUACUGUAGAUCAAAAUAUAUCAAAACUGGUAUUUUCUGGAGACUUGGGGACUACUCUUGAUUUGCUCAGAAAGAGGGACUGUCUAGAUUGUUAAUUGAUGCCUGUAAAUAAUGAUACGAAAGAAAAGAUAUAUUGAACUACAUAUACAUUAUUGUUUUUAUGUAGUGUUACCAUCUGGAGAUUCUGAAAAGAAAAAGAAGAAAAAGAAAAAGAUUAAAGAAGAACCAGUUAGUGACUGAUGUCAUCAGAUCUUGUGAUCGACCAUAACUGAUGUCAUCAGAUCUUGUGAUCGACCAUAACGUGUUCAUAUUGGGACUGAGUGCAGCAGGAAGAGGAGUGAGAGUGUGUGCGGGUUGUAUCAAUAGUCAUCUAUAUCAUUUUAUCGUUACAGAAAAUUGUUAUGUUUUAAUUGAACCUCAAUUAAAGAGACAGAUUUUA